GAGAGUGAGGUGAACGAGGACAGCAGCGACGACGACUUUACGCCUGAUUCGGAGGCGUCGCCCAGCGACGACGAGGAACCGCUCACAGCAGAGAGCGCGAGCAGCGAAGCCGAAGAUGAAGACGAUAUUAGUAUCUUUUUGAAUGGCGCGAGUCCUCGAGCCCGUGUGACUGAGGUGAUUCAUGCGGACGCGUGUGAGAGCGAGUGCGUCAAGGGCAAGGCUCGUGAGUUGGAGUUCUUGCUGUGCUCGCUGGACCCGAUGACGAAGCAAGAGCGCACCACGAGCUUGAACACGCUCCGGGCUGUGUUGAUGCAGACCCCCACCGUUGAGCGUAAGAGAGGACGGGGUGACCGUGAGAAGUUUCCGUACAUCCUCCCCUACGUAGGUCAUGUGUGCCGACCCACUUUCGCGCUCUGCUAUGGAGUAGUCCCCAUUACUUUGCAGCGCUACAAGAUGCGCAUCCGAGACGGUAACAUGUCGAUCAAGGCGCAUGGUAACCGGCUCAACACGCAUGCAGCU